GGCAGGCAGCGGCGGGGCUCGCAGACGGGCUUCCAGCUCCCUCUCUCUGUGCGCGUCGCAUGUGUCCGUGUGUGUCUCUCGGGGGGGGAGGGGGGCUUAUUGUGCUGCCCUGACCGAGCGGUGGCAAGUGAUUUGAAAGGAAGAAAAGGCUCCGAAUAAUUGCAAUAAGAAAAGAAAGAAAGGCGAGGGCGGCCGAGGCAGAAUAAAAGGAGGCUGGGCUGCUUUGCAUUGGAGAUCGGGGCGCUAUUGAGGAGCCGGUGAAAAGUGGUGUUGUUUUCCACUCGUGCAUGCUCCAAUCGGUGGAGUAUAUUAGAGUCGGGAGCAGCCGGCCGCAGCAGCAGUCUCGGCGCGAGCAGCAGCAGCGUGCACGGAGGCGGCAUGCGCUUACCCAGGCGACCCGCUCUCGCCCCUCUGCUCCUCGCCUUGCUAUGCCUGCGGGGAAAGGUGACUCGAGCGUCCGGACAGUUCGAGCUGGAGAUAUUAUCCAUGCAAAACGUCAAUGGCGAAUUGCAAAAUGGGAAUUGCUGCGAUGGCCCCCGAAACCCAGGAGAUAGGAAGUGCACCAAAGACGAGUGUGAUACGUAUUUUAAAGUUUGCCUGAAGGAGUAUCAGUCCCGGGUCUCUGCUGGCGGCCCUUGCAGCUUCGGCUCCGGAUCUACUCCUGUCAUCGGAGGAAAUACCUUUAAUUUAAAAUACAACCGGAAUAACGAAAGGAACCGGAUUGUUCUCCCGUUCAGCUUUGCCUGGCCGCGAUCCUAUACGUUGCUUGUUGAGGCGUGGGAUUACAGCAAUGACACUGCUAAUCCUGAUAGCAUUAUUGAAAAGGCAUCCCACUCCGGUAUGAUCAAUCCGAGCCGUCAGUGGCAGACUUUGAAACAAAACGCAGGCAUUGCCCAUUUUGAGUACCAGAUCCGGGUGACUUGUGAUGAGCAUUACUAUGGCUUUGGCUGCAACAAGUUUUGUCGACCAAGAGACGACUUCUUUGGCCACCAUACCUGUGAUCAGAACGGCAACAAGACUUGUCUGGAAGGCUGGAUGGGGCCAGAAUGCAGCAAAGCUAUUUGCCGUCAGGGCUGUAGUCCUAAGCAUGGCUCUUGCAAAAUUCCAGGAGAAUGCAGGUGUCAGUACGGAUGGCAAGGCCAGUACUGUGAUAAGUGCAUUCCGCACCCAGGAUGUGUCCAUGGCACUUGCAUUGAACCAUGGCAAUGCCUCUGUGAAACCAACUGGGGUGGUCAGCUCUGUGAUAAAGAUCUUAACUACUGUGGGACUCACCCGCCUUGUUUGAAUGGUGGUACCUGCAGCAACACUGGGCCUGACAAAUAUCAAUGUUCCUGCCCCGAGGGCUACUCAGGACAGAACUGUGAAAUCGCGGAACACGCCUGCCUUUCUGAUCCUUGUCACAAUGGAGGAAGCUGCUUAGAAACCUCUACCGGAUUUGAGUGUGUGUGCACGCCUGGCUGGGCCGGACCAACGUGCACUCUUAAUAUUGAUGAUUGUUCUCCGAAUCCCUGUGGUCAUGGAGGCACCUGCCAGGAUCUCGUUGAUGGGUUCAAGUGCAUUUGCCCACCUCAGUGGACUGGGAAAACGUGCCAGCUAGAUGCGAAUGAAUGUGAAGGCAAACCUUGUGUCAAUGCCAACUCCUGCAGGAACCUGAUUGGCAGCUACUAUUGUGACUGCAUUGCUGGCUGGUCUGGCCAGAAUUGUGACAUAAAUAUUAAUGACUGUCUUGGACAAUGUCAGAAUGGAGGAUCCUGCCGGGACUUGGUUAAUGGUUAUCGAUGUAUCUGUCCGCCUGGCUACGCAGGAGAUCACUGUGAGAAAGACAUCAAUGAAUGUGCAAGCAACCCUUGCUUGAAUGGGGGUCACUGUCAGGAUGAAAUCAAUGGAUUCCAGUGUCUGUGUCCUGCUGGUUUCUCAGGAAACCUCUGUCAGUUGGACAUAGAUUAUUGUGAGCCCAACCCUUGCCAGAACGGUGCCCAGUGCUUCAAUCUUAACACAGAUUACUUCUGUAACUGUUCAGAAGAUUAUGAGGGAAAGAACUGCUCCCACCUGAAAGAUCACUGUCGCACUACUCCUUGUGAAGUAAUUGACAGCUGUACAGUGGCUGUGGCUUCUAACAGCACACCCGAAGGAGUUCGUUAUAUUUCUUCAAAUGUCUGCGGUCCCCAUGGGAAAUGCAAGAGCCAAGCAGGUGGAAAAUUCACCUGUGAAUGCAACAAAGGCUUCACCGGCACCUACUGCCAUGAAAAUAUCAAUGACUGUGAAAGCAAUCCAUGUAAAAAUGGUGGCACUUGCAUUGACGGCAUCAACUCCUACAAAUGUAUUUGUAGUGAUGGAUGGGAAGGAAUUUAUUGUGAAACAAAUAUUAAUGACUGCAGUAAAAACCCUUGCCACAAUGGGGGGACGUGCCGAGAUUUGGUCAAUGACUUCUUCUGUGAAUGUAAAAACGGAUGGAAAGGAAAAACUUGCCACUCUCGUGAUAGCCAGUGCGAUGAGGCUACAUGCAAUAAUGGAGGAACGUGCUAUGAUGAGGGGGACACUUUCAAGUGCAUGUGCCCUGCGGGAUGGGAAGGAGCCACUUGUAAUAUAGCGAGAAACAGCAGCUGCUUGCCAAAUCCCUGUCAUAAUGGUGGUACCUGUGUCAUCAGUGCGGAUUCUUUUACUUGUGUCUGCAAAGAGGGCUGGGAAGGACCUACUUGCACUCAGAAUACAAAUGAUUGCAGUCCUCAUCCUUGUUACAACAGUGGAACUUGUGUUGAUGGAGACAACUGGUACCGCUGUGAAUGUGCUCCAGGCUUUGCUGGUCCAGACUGCAGGAUAAAUAUCAACGAAUGCCAGUCGUCACCCUGUGCCUUUGGAGCUACAUGCGUGGAUGAAAUUAAUGGGUACCGUUGCAUUUGCCCACCUGGUCGCAGUGGCCCAAGAUGCCAAGAAGUUACAGGAAGGCCUUGUAUUAACAAUGGGCGAGUGAUGUCUGAUGGAGCUAAAUGGGAUGAUGAUUGCAAUACCUGUCAGUGUUGGAAUGGAAAGGUUGCAUGCUCUAAGGUUUGGUGUGGUCCUAGACCUUGCCUGAUACAUGCCAAAGGUCACGAGUGCCCAGCUGGCCACACCUGUGUCCCUAUUAAGGAUGACCACUGCUUUACACAUCCCUGUUCUGGAGUGGGUGUAUGCUGGCCUUCAAAUCAACAACCAGUAAAGACCAAAUGUAAUUCGGACUCUUACUAUCAGGACAAUUGUGCCAACAUCACUUUUACCUUCAACAAAGAGCUGAUGGUCUCAGGUCUUACCACUGAGCACAUCUGCAGUGACUUGAGGAAUCUUAAUAUUUUGAAGAAUGUUUCUGUUGAAUAUUCAAUCUACAUUACCUGUGAGCCUUCACACUUAGCCAACAAUGAAAUCCAUGUUGCUAUUUCUGCUGAAGAUAUAGGAAAGGAUGAAAACCCUGUCAAAGAAAUCACAGAUAAAAUUAUUGACCUGGUUAGUAAGCGUGAUGGAAACAACACACUAAUUGCUGCCGUUGCAGAAGUCAGGGUACAGCGGCGACCAAUUAAAAAUAAAACAGAUUUCUUGGUGCCAUUAUUGAGCUCUGUUUUAACAGUAGCUUGGAUCUGUUGCCUGGUAACUGCCUUCUUCUGGUGCAUUCGGAAACGCAGAAAGCAGAGCAGCCACACUCAUACGGCGUCAGACGACAACACUACAAACAACGUGCGGGAGCAGCUGAAUCAGAUCAAGAACCCCAUUGAGAAACACGGUGCAAACACGGUUCCCAUCAAAGACUAUGAAAACAAGAACUCCAAAAUCGCCAAAAUAAGGACACACAACUCGGAAGUGGAGGAAGAUGACAUGGACAAGCACCAGCAGAAGAGCCGCUUUGUCAAACAGCCAGCGUAUACACUGGUAGACAGAGAUGAAAAGCCCCCCAAUAGCACUCCGACAAAACACCCGAACUGGACAAACAAACAAGACAACAGAGACUUGGAAAGUGCACAAAGUUUAAAUCGGAUGGAGUACAUUGUAUAGCAGACAGUGCUGCCAUGCAGAGCCUUUAGAUGUCAUUAUAAAGGCACUCGGAGCUUGUAGUUCUUAAACUGUUGUGUAAUAUUUGAGUCUAAGGCUAUUAUUUACUUAGAAUCCCUGUGUUAAUUUAAGUUUUGACAAGCUGGCUUACACUGGCAAUGAUAGUUGCUGUGGUUGGCUGGAAUACCAAGUGCUGCAUUUCACAUCUAUGCAAAACUAGUCAAAAGUGCCCUAAUGUAAAUUCAGCUGUAGCUGAUACAUCAUGGAAAUGUUUCAUAUGGUAUUGCAUAGCCUUAUUAGGUCCUCUUUAGUGUCAACUUUCUUUUUGCCAGAUGUCCUGAUUUAUACCUUUAUAGAAAAUACAUUUUAUUUAUAUUUAUUGAAUCUGAGUUUUUUGUAUAUUGGUUUUAUGGUGACGUACAACUAGUUCUGUAUUUGAAAG